AUGAGGAACUGCAAAAGCCUUGUUUCUCUUCCCGAUAGUAUCUGUAAUUUGGCAGACCUUACACAUCUGGAUCUGUAUGGGUGCUCAGUACUUCAUAACUUGCCAGAGAAAUUGGGGAACUUAGAAUCCUUACAGGUCCUCGACGUAGGAUAUAGUGGUAUAAAACAACUUCCAUUCUCUAUCCUACGUUUGGGAAAUCUUGAAGGUGACGGAUUAUCAUGUAUUGGAUGUAAAGAGAUGACGGCACCCUUGUCAGCUUGGCCAUCAUCAAUCGAAGAAUAUUGUAGAUACUCUGUUCUGCUACAUCUUGAUUUAAGUGAUUGCAAUCUGUUGAAGUUAUCGGAUGGUAUUGCUCAUUUGUCUUCAUUGAAAACAUUAAGGCUGUGCAGAAACAAUUUGGAGAGCUUACCUGUGACAAUGAAUCGACUUGGUUGUUUAACGCAUCUUGAAUUGGAAGCUUGCAAGAGGCUGAAAUCAAUACCAGAGCUUUCAUCGAGUAUAAAUUACAUAGAUGCGCAUGAUUGCAGAGCUCUGGAAAUAGUUUCAAGACCAAAGCCUCAAUGCCGCCAGGCAAAUCAUUUCUUUACAUUUUCUAAUUGCCUCCAGCUGCUACAAACAAAUCUAUUCCGAGAUAUUGUGGAAACACAUCCACAUUCGCAGGAUAUUUACAACCUUCGACCUCUUCGGUUGAAAAUGUCUCUUCCUGGUAGGGAAGUUCCCGAUUGGUUCACCUAUCGGAGAAGGGGUUUUUCAGUUAGUGUGGAGCUACCACUAAAUUUGUCUGACACAAAUUUUUUGGGAUUUGCUAUCUGUGCUGUUCGUGAAUGCCAGGGAAUUGAUGAUGAUACAUCUCCUUUAUCUGCUUCUUGUUUAUGUACCUUCAAAGGAAAUGGUGGCGAGUGUAGUUUCCGUUUUGAUUUGCUCAAUGCAGUUUUUAGAACUGAUAGAUUCUUUAGCUCAGAUCACAUGUUCCUGCGAUAUGUGUCGUGGUCUGAUUGUCGCCUAAUUGAAGAAGGAAAUCUGGUCAAUGAAGCCUACACUGAGGCCACAUUUCAUAUUGUAGUAGAAAGUGAAUCUAUAACAGAACAACUCCGCAUCAGAAGCUGCGGAGUUCGUUUUGUAUAUGCUGAUCCUGAUGAAAUGCUGGAUCUAAACAUGCCGCCGCCCCAAGUUCAUGUGGACAGUUGUGAGACUGGAGUUUGUUUUAUGGACAACCCAUAUGAAUUCACAAACAAAGAAACAGAGAGGGUAGAGAUUUCGAGGGAGAUAAUGUCAUCGGAGACAGCGGAAGGGAUACACACCUGCCACACACUGCAACUGUUUCCGGAACAACAGAUAGAGAGGAAAGGAGAGAAAGAGAUAUGGAGAUGACAGAGCAGGAGGAGGGGGAGGGUUUCCGGGUGUUAAGUCCCGUAUGCUGCUGCUUCUCAUUGUCUGGGUGCACCAUGUGUUCGAGAAAGACAGAAACAGAAAGAGAGGGAGACAGAGUCACCAGAGUCUCUGAUGAUGGCGAGUUGAGCAGCCAGAGUGGUCUGGUGGUGCCAAAUUCAGAGACUGAGAGAGAAGAAGAGAGAGUUGAGGGAGGGUUCAAUAAUGGGAGAGGAGUCAUCAACUGGAAGAGGAUUACUAGGGUCACUAUGCAGCUGCUUUUAUUGGCUGGGUGCAGUAUCGCGUUGAAACAGACGACUUUGGUUCGCAUGAAAGGAAAAAAGAGCAGUUAGAACGGCUUAUGCAUUUCUGUGCUGUCGUUGAUGCUCAUGGCAUUUGGAUAGCUAGAACAUUGAUUUUGAAUUUGCAAGCAUUUUAUUAGCAACCGCACAGCUUCAAUACCACCAUAUAUGCUGCCUCCUGUUGGGGCAGAGAAGUUGUGAUGAUGAUAACGAGUAGUAGUGUACUAUAGACGCAAAUCUGAAAUACACUGAGCUUGAAUUUGCAAGCAUUUUAUGUCAUGAAUGUUACUUUUGGGAGAAGAAAACUGCAGUUCGUCUGGACAAAGUCUACAAGGUUCAGAGGUACUGUAAAUUGGUCUCUGUGUUUUUUUUUUUUUGGUUCUGUAAAUUAGUAUAAACUGCUUUUGUAGGAUUCUGAAUACAUUGCCACCAUUGAUA